GGUUUUUUGUGAAUUCGUCGAAAGCAAAGCCAGUAAGCUAAUCGGCUAGCAAUUAUGGCCAGCAAUGGCCUUUGGAAACGUAGCAGGCUAAAUGUGAAGGCAUUCGGAAUAGGGAGGCAACCGAAGCAAGAACCGCCUUAAAUUUAAUUAUAUUAACUGUUAAGCAGAAGGCGAAAGAAGCAACGUUUGACACAGUAACACCUGGGAUAUCUGUUCUGUGCCGUGACUACAGGCCAAAAAUAACCGCGGAAUGCAACGUACAAAGCUAGCGGUAACCAGCGGAGGCUAACGGAAUAAUGCGCUGUCCAUUUGAGUUAGCAUAGUGAGCUAGUACCGACACGAAAGAAGUGGAUUAAUACUUGGCUCGUCACAGACAGGAAAGAGCGACAGUAUCAGCGUUGAGGGAUAACUGCUUGAGGCAGAGCUGACUGCACAUGCAUACGAAAAGCAACCAUGUCUUCUUUUGGAAGGGCGCUGGGAGUCCUCCGAGCGGGAACACGGCUCGUUACUCGCGGUCCGCAAAGAAUAACGACCAGAAAGGCCGGCGGGGGGCCGCACAUUGAGCCACAGUACAGACAGUAUCCCCAGCUAACGAAAAAACAGAAACUUGAGUCAGAACUGAUCAGUGGUGCCAUGUGGUUUUGGAUCCUCUGGCACUGUUGGCACGAUCCUGACGCAGUCCUGGGUCAUUUCCCCUGGCCUGAUCCCUCCCAGUGGACAGAUGAGGAGCUUGGAGUCCCACCAGAUGACGAGGAAUAAGGUCAGCAUGACGGAUCCAAGCUGCUGCUCAAGUCUUUGUGGAAAUCUUCAGGAUAUUCUGAAAGUCAGUGUUGUACAUAGACUAAUAAAAUUAACUUUAAAUAUGCUAA